AUAAUCCGAAACAGUAUAAAUUUCCUAACAAUAUUUUCAUAUAUUGACUUUACAUAUCUUUCUGGAAGUUUUAGUAGUUGAAUAUUCUAUCUGUAAACCCAAGUUUGACGACAAUAUAUCUUCUAAAUGCAUCAAACUCCUCCCUUUUUCUAAAUCAAACAGGUGAGGAGAGAAAAAAUUUGUGGAUUCUCCCAAAACGACCCAGUAAUCAUAGACUAAAUUAAAGUUUUUUGUUAAGAGCGACAAUGAACGACUUACUAUCGAGUUUCUCCCAGCACCGGAAGAAUGGUUCCGGUGACAUAGAGAUGGGGGAUGUUGGUGCAAACCUGGAGAAGUUCUUUGAAGAUGUGGCGAAGAUUGAGGAGGAUUUGAAGGAGAUAGAGGAGCUCCACAACAAACUGAGGGCGGCGCAUGAGGAGAGCAAGACAGCACACAAAUCUGGUGUAGUGAAGGCAAUCCGGUCUAGGAUGGACCAAGAUGUGAACCAGACAAUGAAGAAGGCGAAACACAUCAAGGAGUGCCUUCAGGCCCUAGACAAGUCCAAUGUUGCAAGUCGUAGCCUGCCAGAUUGCGGUCCAGGAAGCACAACAGACCGGACUAGGACAUCGGUUGUUGGGGGUCUAGGGAAGAAACUUAAAGACAAGAUGGAUGAGUUUCAGGAGCUGAGAGCGAAGAUUAACGAAGAGUAUAAAGAGACAGUUGGGAGGAGGUAUUAUACUGUGACAGGGGAGAAUCCAGAUGAGAAGACAGUUGAUUUGCUGAUUAGCAGCGGAGAGAGCGAAACCUUCCUGCAGAAGGCCAUUCAACAGCAGGGCAGAGGACAGAUACUAGAUACAAUUGCUGAGAUUCAAGAGAGACACGAUGCUGUUAAAGACAUAGAAAGAAGCUUGAUGGAACUACAUCAGAUAUUUCUCGACAUAGCAGUUUUGGUUCAGCAUCAAGGGGAGCAAAUAGACGACAUUGAGACCAAUGUUGGCAGGGCUAAUUCCUUUGUGCGGAGGGGAACAACCCAACUGCAGCAAGCUAGAAAAUCCCAGAAGAAUACCCGAAAAUGGACUUGCUUUGCCAUAAUUUUGCUGCUCAUCAUCAUACUGGUUAUUGUCCUCUCUUUACGUCCGUGGUCCAAGUAGUUCCUAUGCAGGUCAUGAGCUUCUAGACAUAGAGAUUGAAGCCUAAUUUUCUACAGUACCCUUCAUCUGUUACAAAUCCCCUUAUUUUUUCACCAUUACAUGUUUGAUUUGCCAAUAUUAUUGUAGAUAAGUUAUGUAUUUCAUAGAGAGCACCAGGAUUGAAGUUUGAUCAGAUAUAUGUAUAAUAUACUACUACAGAUUCAUUUAAAUAA